UUGUUUGGUUCUGUCGCCGGCUUCCGCUUCGAGCUCUUGGUCGAGUCAGUGCGGCUUCGGGCAGCGCGGACAAAGGUUGUGCGAGUGAGCUCCUGCUGGGAUUUUAGUUCUUAAACCAGCACUCCAUCUCGCGGAAGAAACCGAUUUUGAAAACAACGGGAAGAAACCGAAUUAGAAAAAACGGGGAAGAAGACGAAAAGAAAGCGAACGAGAGGAGAGAGGAGAGAGAGAGCAAAAGAGAAAAGCGGCCGCGAGAUGGCUCCCGACUGCCAGGACAUGGGUCGUGACAUGACCGCUGAUCACGUGACCUUCGGCGACGGCGACAACCCCGCAUUCUUGAACCGCAUGCUCGCCCUCCCCGCACUCAACGACGCCUGCAACCUCGCCUUCACUGCCUACGCUACGGCCAAGAUUGUCACCACAACGCGCCACCUGCUGCUGGGCGCUCUCGCAGGGGAACCCGCCGCCCCGCCGCCCACCCUCACUGCCGCCCUCACCACCCGGGCCACCCACACCGUCGACUGCGUGGCCGACACCAAGGGCGGGCGCAAGGCUGUGGAUCUGGCGGUGUGCGUGGCCGAUCGACUGCUCGACACAGGACACGCGCUGAUCGACUCCUACGCCCCAGCCGAGGAGGGGGACCUGCACGAGACGGACGAGCGUGACGGCGGAUUGGCUAACAAGGGGACGGCGCUGGCCAAUAGGGUUCGACGCCGGUUGGUUCGCUCAGCCAAUCGCAUGAUUCUGAACGACUUGAAUGCCGACGAUAUGGACGUCGUCUCCACCGUCCAGCGAUUGGUGGACCUGGGUCGGAGGUCACUUCUUAGCUGGUACUUGGAUGUCAGUAGUAUGUCAGGAGGCCAGCUGGUGAAGGGUAGCGUCAGCGUGACACUGAGUGCUGGCAAAGCUGGCCUCUGCACCACCCAGAAUCUGGUUGUGAAGGGCGUAGGGAUGACACGGGCCAUCGUGUGGGGUAACGUAGCUUCUAUUCAUGGGAUGGUCAUGGGAGGCGCCCACAGUGCCGUGACCAGGGCAGUGGGCGGUGCGAAUAACGUACAGAGCUUGGUGGUAGGUGGUAUGAAUACAACACAGAGUUUGGUCAUGACUAGUGUUAGCAUUACACGGAGGCUCGUUAAGGGUAGUGUUAGUGCUACACACCAUCUUGCAAAGGGUGGCGUUCAAACAACACACACACUGGUGAAAGGGACUUUCGACGUGUCACAGAGCCUAGUAAGGGGCAGUGUGAACACGGCACAGACUUUGAUGAAGGGUGGCAUUUACACGGCGCAGAAAAUGGUAAAGGGAAGUGUUAAGACAACACAGUACGUGGUGGUAAGAGGGAAAGACUCAGCACAGAGCGUGGUACAGGGUGGUGUUAGAUUGACGCAGAGCCUAAUGGUUAGUGGUGUGGGGGUCACGCAGAAAGUGAUCAAGAGGGGCCUUGUGACAGGCCAAGGAGUUGCCAGCGAGGGAUGGGAACUUGCUCACAGGGGGCUCCAGGCUAGCAUGGGCAUGGUUCUCGCCACACUCAGUGCCCUUUCAACUUUGGGCACAAAGUCUGCGGGGCAAAUGUCUGCCGUGGUUCCUGCGUCCAUCACCAAUACUGCUCAUGCCCUCUACGGCAGCCUCCAGUCAAGUCUGACGCCGAUUCACCAAGCCCUGGAAUACGGCCGCAGCGCCCCUGGCGAGAUGUGGAGCAAGGUGGCGGAACUGCCGGAGAGCAGGAUAGCGUCCCGCGCACAGGAGUGGGCGGCAGACACCUUGAAGGCAGCCACGACAGUAAUCAAGCAGACAGCAGGAGGAGAUGUUCAGAAGACAGUACGUGUUCUAACAUCGUCAGUGAUUCCAGCUAGUAGUUCCGUCCCCUCGCAGCUGUCCGGUCCAAACGGCCUUGUUCCCCACCCUGAUCCUUUGUUAGAAUGUGAAAAAGCUUUCUGGAAUGCUAUUUACAUAACAGAACCCAACCACCCCGUAAAGUUGUGUAAGCAAGAGGAAAGUCAGACGCUGGACUUCAGCCUCAAUUCCACGGGACUGCUCCCUGCCUCAGCCUGUGCUUCAGCUGACCGCCUCCCUAACCCUCCCGCGCUCUGCACAGACCUGCUUUCCUCACUUGCCCCCGGCCUUGGCCUGCCUCAAAGUCCGCCCAUGUCCCCUUGUGAGGCAUCCGCUGACACGGCGCUUAAUGCCCCAACUGAAAAUGAAAGCCCUCGCUGCCCCAAGUACUAUCUCCAGCCCUGCGCCGACGCCGUGUGUGACCUCCACUGUGGGUCUCCCAAAGGCGUCGACCUCGUCAUCAGCCUGACAAGUCCAGUAAGAAGGGUGGACUUGGAAGCCAUUUGCCCUGUUGUGAUGGGGACUUCUGAAAGUGCUAAUGAGCCUGUCUCCCCAGGGGACGAAAAUGACGUUUCAGGGGCUUCUCCUGCAUCACCAACAACUGUCAAGGUCUCUAUGUCGUCGUCUUCGUGUGUAGGGAUCACAACCAGUCUCACUACACCAGUGCGCUAUGUGGAUAUGGAAGCUGCCUGCUGUUGCACGUCUGGAAAUGCCGCUGAACCUUACAGGGAGGUAGACAUUUCUGAAGUUUUCUCACCAGACACACGGGAGGCUGAGUAUGUCGACGUUGCUCUGAAAAUGGAGAACCUCAUUGCCGGCGAGUGGCAAGGCCUAAGAAAUUUAAUGGGAGUAUCUGACAGCAAAAAACAGAACCAGUGUAUUCCUUCAAAAAUGACGGAGAAAUCCUGUAGCCCUGCAGCCUUGAGCGGACCUCAGGCCUUUCUUUAUCCUGAUCCUUGUUCUGCAAGUAGAAUUCAUGCGCGAGAAAAUGAGGGCAAGGAAUAUCUGUUGACAAACCUCGUUGUGGCAGAAAACUUCCCCGUUGAGGCCAGAACAAACCACUUCCCUUCUGAGUCCCUGAAGGAUACUCCACAUGCAGGGGCCAGGAAAGACCGCCCUCUAGAAGUCUUUGAAAGUCUCCUUCCCGAGACAGCAAGAGACAUUUUUCAAGGAAACGGUUUCGCAGACUCCUUACCCCCGACAGCCAGGGAAAGCCCCUUCCUUACUGGGACUUCGGUCGACACCUUCCCAACAGUAGCUCUCACAGACUCCCUGCCCAUGGUCACGCUGUCAGACACUCCCGGAAGCGUGUCGUCGGGCUACGGCUCGGAGGCCAGCUACUCCCCCGCCUGCUGGUGGGCGAGGCCUCCGCGCUGGCAGGACACGAACGAAUGCGCAGGGGCCUUCGGCGGCGACUCCGGCGGGGACUUCAUGGACCCCCACGAGCGCCACCACCUGCUCAACACCCGCCGAGCCCUGGGGGAGCGCCUGGGAGACCUUGGCUGGAGCACUACGUGGAGCCCCGCGGAAUGCCCGGAGGUUUACGAGGCUCCUGGGGCGGGGGCGUGGGGGUGGCCCAGGAAGAGGAAGGGAAGGCGAGGGCGGAGGAGUGGGUGGUGGUGAGUAUACCGAGUAACGCAUUAUAGCAAACACUUUCGUUGGGGAAACCGGGUUCACUUAGCGGAAAAAUGUCCCUGAGUUUUGUUAUUUGUAUAUACACAUAUAUAUGUUAACACUUUAUUACAGAUACACAAUAUAUAUAUAAAGCUUCACUCAAAUUGUGUAGUGAAAUUGGUAAUGUUGUCAAGUAGCUGAGGCUACAUAGUACUAAAGUACAAGCCAGUGUUACCAGAAAAUUCAGCUAGGCAGGAAUGAUCACAUGAGCAUGCAAAGACCAUGCACACUGUAGAUCGGUCCUACAAGUAUAUAAUUUAUGUAAUGCCAUCUCCACCUCAUAAGUGUAUAUAAAGAUAUCAAGGUCACUGUACUACAUCCCUUUGUGUGUCAUUCUCUGUAAUAACCAUAAACUUCAUUUUUGUUAUAGGUUGAAAGUAUGGGUACAAUAUUUGUUGUU